AUGGAAGAUAUGUUGAGGGCGUGUGCAUUGGAUUUUCAUGGCAGUUGGGAUGACUAUUUGCCAUUGGUUGAGUUCGCCUAUAACAAUAGCUAUCACUCCAAUAUUGGUAUGCCGCCUUAUGAGGCAUUGUAUGGCCAGCCGUGUAAAUCGCCUAUUUGUUGGGAAGAGUCUGAGGAUAGAGCAUUAUUGGGAUCGGAGAUAAUUGAGCAAACUUCAGAGAGAAUUAAGACUAUUAGGGCACGAAUGAAAGCAACCCAAGAUUUGCAAAAGAGUUACGCAUAUAGGAGAAGGCAUGACUUGGAGUUUUCAGUAGGAGACCAUCGGGUUGGCUCUUUGACUUAUAGGUUGGCCUUGACACCUCAGUUAGCCGGCGUUCAUAACGUCUUCCAUGUGUCUAUGUUGAGGAAGUACGUGUCGGAUCCCCAGCACAUCAUCAACUAUCAGACCAUUGAGAUCGAGGAGGAUGUUGCAUAUGAGGAGAUGCCAGUUAGCAUCUUGGAGAGAAAAGAGAAAGUGUUGAGGAACCAGUCAAUUCCUUUCGCGAAUGUGCAGUGGCAGCGUCACUAUAACACCCCGCCUUACACCUGCACGUCCAGUAGCAGAGCCAAAAAAGAAUUUUAG